AUGCUAUCCAGAACCAGCAGCCGGGGAGCUAUUCGCUCGUUUCUUUCGUCCUCUCGCCAUCAACCUCUCAUUGUCGCAACCGCCAGACCACAUAUACAGUCAAGGAUAGCCUGUCCAACGGCCGUCCGUUCAAUCCCACAGAGAGCAUUCCAUUCCUCUCCCCCAGCGUACAAGGGAAUCACACCACACUCUUCAGACCCUGCUCCACCGAAUCCUGAACCCAACCUUAUCGGAGUAAAGCAGGCCACAGAGCCAUCAUAUAUAUCCGAGCCAGACUACCGCGACCGCUCUGAGGAAUAUUUCAAUGUGUUGUUGGCUGAGAUAGAGAGGAUGCAGGAGGAAGGCGGAUCAGAGGUAGAGGCCGAGUACAGUGCCGGAGUUCUUAACGUUACUGUCCCUGGAGUCGGCACCUAUGUGCUCAACAAGCAGCCGCCAAAUAAGCAGAUAUGGCUUAGCUCGCCCAUCUCUGGCCCCAAGAGAUUCGACUGGGUUGUUCAGGGAGAUGAAAUGGCCGAGAAAGAAGGCACUCGGGCAUACAUCGGCGGACAGUGGAUAUACCUUCGUGACGGAUCGAAUUUGACGGACAUACUGAAUAAAGAGUUAAACUUGGAGAUGGGCGAAAAGAUCUAUGAGGAGUGA